AUGACGAGACGACUCAUCACAGGACCUUCAAAUGAUCUUCGCAUUGAACAUGAAAAUCUAUUUUCUGAUCUACUGGAUAAACAAGCCUGCCUUAUUCUGAUGCCCUCAAUGGACCACGAUGCUACAUGCGCGCUUCUCGAUAAAUACUACCCAUCAUUGCGUCAUCUGAUGGAUAAAAUUAUUAAACUUUACGAAACAGUGAAUCAAGCGUUCUGCGAUAACAGUUCCCCUUCGGUAUCUGGUCGCAACCGGUUAAUUUCCUUGCGGGAUCUACUCCGGUUCUGUUCUCGUAUCCAGCGUCUGUCGGAUAAUGAUUCCCAAGCAGAAAUUUUGUUUCUUCAUGCAGUUGAUUGUUUUGUGGCUCAUUUUUCUGAUGUGGUCAAACAAUUCUCCCUUUGCUGCCUGAUUGCUGGAGAACUGAAUAUGACGGUAGAAAAACCCUCUGUCUCGGAUACCCAUUGGCCGUUUGCUUCCACGCGACUCGCAUGCACCCUACUGGAACGACUUGCAGUUGCCGUGGCGCAUCAGGAACCGGUGUUGUUGGUCGGUGAGACAGGAACCGGGAAGACCACGGCCGUACAGCGUUUGGCACAGCUCUGUGGUCGACAUCUUCGUGUGAUAAAUCUCAACCAACAAUCCGACAGUGUGGAUUUGAUGGGUGGAUUCAAACCUGUCGAUACACGUGCCCUAAUCCGUCCACUUCGGGAACAAUUCGAGUCUCUUUUCUUCCGCACUUUCAAAACUGACACAAACCUGGCCUUUUUGGGUCAUAUCAAUACCUGCUUUAACGAGAAUCGUUGGCGUGACUUACUCACCCUGAUGCGUCAUCCCACACAAAUGGCCAUCGCCAAGUGGAACCAGGCGCAGUCUGCUCACAGCAAUACGGCUGAUUGCACAACCGCUGCAUCCACGCUAACAGGAUGGACCAGUCUUCUUCAACAAUUGAAUCAAGUUCAACUUCGGCUAGAUGCAUCCACCAAAGCAAAUCAACCUGCCCUUGGAUUCGCCUUCAUUGAGGGUGCCUUGGUUCGUUCGAUCCAAGAUGGUGACUGGGUCCUGUUGGAUGAAGUCAAUCUGGCCCCGCCGGAGAUGUUGAACUGUCUAAGCGGUCUACUCGACUCGAGUACUGGAAGUGUGACCUUGAUAGAAAGAGGGGACAAAACGCCGUUACGCCGAAAUCCGCACUUCCACCUGUUUGCUGCCAUGAAUCCGUCAACGGAUGUGGGUAAACGUGAACUGCCUGUAGGUUUGCGGAAUCGUUUCACCGAGAUCUAUGUCCCCGAGCUGAAUCCAGGUCUAACGACCGAUACGGAACAAGUUGGCAGUGCUGAUAUAGGGAAUUGUGCCUCAAUCCGGGGCGCCGGGGAUUUCAACGAUCGGGAAGAUUUAUCCAUUCUGACUCGAGCAUACCUGGUUGCUUUGAAUCCUACUCCGGCUCAAGUGACCACCAUCGUACGCCUCUACGCUGCCUUGCGUCAAGCUGCAAGCGAGGGCUUGGUUGACGGAGUCGGACAACGACCCCACUUCAGCUUACGCACGCUAUGUCGUGCUCUCAUUGAAGCUGGUCGUGGUUAUCACGGGAGCACAGUUCGAUCGUUAUACGAGGGUUUGAUAUUCAGUUUCGGCUCACAAAUCGGCCGCGUAUCUCGUCCGAUUCUAGACACACUGAUUCGUCGCUACUUGGCGUUGACCAUAGAUCGACCGAGUGGACAAUCUCGAGCCUUGGAUCAGCUUCUAGCUAUCCCACUUCCUAUGCCAUCGGUAGCCGUCUCUUCUGAUCCCAAAUCCAGCUCACCCGGCUAUGUGAAUGUCGAGGGUUAUUGGAUCCCUCGAGGCCCGAAUGAGCCACGUUCACCCGAACCGAUCACUUUAUGCGAUGGAUCGUACAUUCUUACCCCAACGGUUCGGAGCAACCUGAAGGACUUGGCUCGAGUUGUUGCUGCUGGUGGUAGUUUGCCGAUACUGAUUCAAGGGGAAACGUCAGUCGGAAAGACCUCUCUCAUCACCUAUUUAGCCACUCGUGUCGGCCAAGUCUGUUAUCGCAUAAACAAUCACGAGCACACUGAUCAGCAGACGUAUUUGGGCACGUACACCGUAGCUUCGGCAACCGCACAGACCAAAAUCGCCAAUUCUGAAUCCGAGCUAUCCUGCCCGCCGCCGUUGGUGUUCCAAGAGGGUCCCCUCGUUCAGGCCAUGCGUGCUGGGCACUGGAUCAUUCUGGACGAACUGAAUUUGGCUCCGACAGAGAUAUUGGAAGCACUGAACCGGGUUUUGGACGACAAUCGCACACUUUUCAUCCCGGAGACGCAAGAAACUAUCAAAGCGCAUCCACACUUCCGGCUGUUCGCCACACAAAACCCGCCAGGUCUCUAUGCUGGGCGUAAACUUCUUUCUCGCGCGUUACGCAAUCGCUUUGUCGAAUUGCAUUUCGAUCCGUUGCCUCGAGAUGAGUUGGAGGUGAUUUUGGAGAAGCGUUGCGCUCUUCCAGCCAGCCGAGCUCAUCGAUUGGUUGAAGUUCUCCACCGAUUGCAGGUAUGCCUUUUGUUUUGCGUUUAG